CGGGUUCGAUUCCCGGCCAAUGCAGCUCUUUUCUUACUGUUCUUACCAUAUUUUGCCUUCUGCAGACUUAAAAACUCUCUAAACACACUGGUGGCCGUGGUUGUUCUACUGGUUAUGUCAGUUUUGUCAUGAUAUGCAUGUCCAUUGUGAGGACAAAGUUUUGAGGAGCACACGAUCAAGUCUGAAGUUCUCAAAAAUAGGACAAGGAAGGCAUGGUGCUGCCUUUGACUGUGGGAGCAAUGUUGCAAAAGCGCAGAGCUUCCUGUUUUAUGCACCUGCUUGUGUCUGUAGACACGCAGAAUAACACUUCCUUGAACAGGAAGUCUGCCUGGCCAACCCCUCAGAAAUGCUUCGCAAGAAAACAGAAAGACACACACAUAUAAACAGGCUUUCUCAGACAAUGGGAAACACAGACCGCCUACACAUGGUGCUUGUAUGCGCCGUGGCAAGUGAAGGGAGUAUUUAAGACUCGGAUCGAUGAACUGCCAAGUUGGCGGUUGCGUCGGACAACAAGCAUGAACGAGAUGGAGGACUCUGCUCACAUGAUCCGGGCAGCCACAGAGUCACUGCCACAACCACAGAAGAGAGACCCAGCAGGAGGGGCCAUGGCGAUGCUGGAGAGCUCGAGCGAAGAGGAGGGCAAAAUCGAGUUCGACGACUUGGGCCUGUCCACGGAGCUGCAGGGAGGCCUGGAGACGCUGCGGCUCGAGAGCUCACUCACGGACGUGACACUUCAUGUGCAGGGAGAGGACUUCCCCUGCCACCGGGUGGUUCUUGCUGCCGCUAGCCAUUAUUUCAGGGCUAUGUUCUGCAAUGAUCUAAGAGAGAAAUAUGAAGACCGUAUCCUCAUCCAAGGCGUUGAUGCAGAAACCAUGAGAGUUCUCCUGGCUUAUACCUACACCAGUAAAGUACAAAUCACCAAGCACAACGUUCAGAAAACACUUGAGGCAGCCAGCCUCUUCCAGUUCCUGCGCAUGGUGGAUGCUUGUUCCAACUUCCUGGCUGAAGCCCUCCUCCCGGAAAACUGCGUGGGGGUCCUGCGCUUGGCAGACGCCCAUGCCCUGGUAGCCCUGAAGACCCGCGUUCAGAACUACAUCGUCCAGAAGUUCUCCCACGUGGUCGCCCACGAGGAGUUCCUGGAGCUCCCAGGCGACAUCCUGGCCAGCCUAUUGCAGCGAGACGAUCUGGACGUUUCGGAGGAGGAAAUGGUUUUCGAGACACUGGUUCGCUGGACACAGGCACGGGAAGGGGAGAGGCUGCGCCUGCUGCCCUGCCUCCUCCAGCAUGUUCGUCUGCCCCUUAUGGACCCUUGGUACUUCGUUGAGAAGGUGGAAGCAAAUGCCCUGGUGAGAAGAUGCCCGGAGGCUUUCCCGCUACUCCAGGAGGCACGCAUGUAUCACCUUUCUGGGAACGAGGUAAUUUCGGAGCGUACCAAACCAAGAUUACAAGAAUUUCAGUCUGAGGUGUUCAUGAUCAUUGGAGGCUGCACCAAAGAGGAGCGUUUUGUCUCGGAGGUGACCUGCCUGGACCCCCUGCGACGAAGCCGGCUGGAGGUGGCCAAGCUUCCAAUCACCGAGAUGGAGACGGAGUCAGACAACAAGAAGUGGGUGGAGUUUGCCUGUGUAACAUUCAGGAACGAGGUAUACAUAUCUGGUGGUAAGGAAACGCAACAUGAGGCCUGGAAGUACAAUGCUUCUCUCAACAAGUGGAUCCAGAUUGAGUAUCUGAUCACUGGGCGUUGGAGACACAAAAUGGCCGUUCUGGGUGGGAAGGUCUAUGUGCUGGGUGGAUUUGAUGGCACACAAAGACACAGCAGUGUAGAGGCCUAUGACGCUUUUCACAACUGUUGGUCUGAGGCACCCCCCCUUGUACUGAGCGUAAGCUCCUUCGCUGCUGCAAGCCACAACGAAAAGCUGUAUGUGAUUGGAGGGGGUCCCAACGGCAAGCUGGCCACAGACAAGAUGCAGUGCUACGACCCUUCAACAAAAGAGUGGACUCUCAAGUCACCCAUGCCCAUUGAAGCCAAGUGCACGAACGCUGUGACCUUCAAGGAUCACAUCUACGUCGUUGGUGGCGCGAUGAAGGCCCUCUACUCCUACAGCCCUCGGGAGGACUCCUGGAGCCUGGUGACGCAGUUUGGCCACGAGAGAGCCAGCUGUGGCAUUGCCGCUUGCAGCGACAAGCUGUUCAUCACCGGCGGGCGCGACGAGAAGAACGAGGUGAUUGCCACGGUGCUGUGCUGGGACCCUCAGGCGCAGAAGCUGACAGAGGAGUGCGUACUUCCCCGAGGGGUGUCUCACCAUGGCAGUGUCACCCUCAGGAAGUCCUACACACACAUACGGCGGAUUCGAGCCGGGACAGACUCUGCGUGACAUACACAAAACGGAUGGGGGCCCUGCCAACUAGAUUACCUCAAUUACCUCAGAACAAAAUGCUCAUUGCCUAAACGUUGCAUUUUUGUAUUAUGUUCGAGAAAAUCCUUCUAUUGAGGGAAAGCCUCUUCGCUUUGAAAUUUGAUCGUAGUUUCAGGGACAAGAUACUUUUUGUGUGUUUUAUACAAGUGGAAAGAUUGGCCAAGGGCAGGAUCAUUUAAGAUGGUCAGGAUUCCAUGGAUUACCGCUUAAUUCUCCCAUAUAACAUGUUAGGCACUGACUUGACAUGAAUGAGAUGAACAGCUCUCCUCAAAUAUGCACUAGCUUUCUUCUGAAGUACUGUAUGGUCUGUAGGCUGUAAAAUGUUCAUUGGCUUAUCAGGUUCCUAGUAGGAACACACAAUGCUUCUGUGUCACAUGUCAGCAUGACACCCCUGGGAGAGAGAAGCGGAAGUUCUGGAAAACACCGUUGGUUACCGCAUGGAGAGAGAGAGAGCGUACCCACACGAACACAAAAUUAAAUAAAGGAACAUCUUCACCUUUCUCCCUCACGGGUUCCAGGCAAAAUCAAUUAACUAAAACAACAAACUGAGUUAAUAAAGACAAGAGAAAGUAAAACCCAGGAUUGCUUUUCAGCUCGCGCUGGGAUCUGCUGGCCAUUUUUUCAGUUGACUAGUUUCUUUCUUAGUCGUGUGCUCAGAUAAACAAAACUGAAACUAAAUUAAAUGAAAAUCAAAAAUACUCAUCGGUGUGAGCUCCCGGUCUCGGCCCCGAACCGUGGAGAGAAACACCUUUAAGCACCUGGCAGAUUAGUUAACACAACCCAGGUGCAUGUGCUCUCCACCAGCCGGUUUGCUACAUUCUGGUUUGCAGGUGAGGGUCAUAUAGUGGUAACUCGAGAGGCACUACUGUAGAACCCAAAUUUGGCAAUUAAAAAUGUGAAAAGAUGAGAUGUCAACAAAAGAUGGUUUGUGGUUCUGUAUGAGGAGGGCGACUGUGAAAUACAGCAACUGCAAAACAAUGAAAUCAUGGGUCACAAUAAGAGAUGUUUAUGUUUCAAUAUCUUUGUAUAAAUAUAUGUUUUUGUUUAUUUGAUCAAAUUGAUUUGGUUACUACAAUAAAGUGAUAUUUAAAAAACCUU